CGCAAGACAGAAGCCUGUGACAGCAUAGAUUUUAGUGUAUAUGUCACGGGAGAGGAGCAGCCGAUUAGAAGAAAUUCAGAUUUGAAACUAUCCAGCAUUCAUCCGCACCUCGUUAUCGACCUUCAACCUCUGUCUAGUACAGAUCGCGGCGUUGAACGACCCGUCCUGCAAUAGUACCUGUCCCUCGUCUCGAGUUGCCCUUGUCUCACUUCGCAGCUACAACUCGCAGCGACGCGCACCUCGUGAAGAACGGCGACAGGAAGAUGUUUGGGCCGAGCAAAGUGAGUCGCGGCCUCCAGGGCGUGAGAGAGGACCUCGAUGAGUUGAAGCAGGUGAUGGCGGACGUCCGCGCCGAUUUCAACACGGAUUCGGACCACCGGCGGCAGCAAGCCGCGAAAACGGAGGACCGGGUCGAGGCUGUCGAACAGGAGAAGCAGGUGCUGAAAGAACAGGUGCGUCGUCUGGAAGAACAGCUCACUACCCAGAAGGCACACCAGGCGGCCGAGGUCACGGAGCUCCACCGGAAGCUGGACGAGUUGCGGGGGGAAUUGAAACAGGUGGACGAGAAGGCGGAAUUUGCGCACAAGACAGCGGACCUUGCCGGCGGAUUGCGCAAAUACGAGGAAAUGGUGCACCAGCUCCGCGAGCUGGUCAGCAAACUCGAGGACCCCGAGGCGGCGGAGCUGGUGGACAAGAUGGAAACCUAUCGCGACUUAAAGGGCAAGCGGAGUCUGUGCGACGAGGCACUGAGUCGCUUUCAAGACGUGGGCAACUCCAGAAUUCUGGAAAUGAUCCAGGCUGCGCGGGAUGCGAUCGACAGCAUGAUGAAAGCAGAGUAUAGUGCUUGUUUGUUUUUUUACCAACUACAAAAUUUUGCUUUAAUCGAGAAAAUGAAAAACACAACUAGCGUGUGAACCAAGAAUGCGGAAUGAACAAGCGUCCAUGUCCUCUUACCUUUGCGAAGCACGAACAUCUUUCAAAAAAGCAAAAUCGAACGUCAAAACAGGUUUUUCGACGCCUGCAAAGUGUUUCGGGGAGCGGCCGCGGAAGCAAAACAGUAUUUUGCCAGUGUGAUACUAUGACAUGGACAAUGUGUUCGGACUCCUUGGCAAGUUUGUCAUGCAGCAUUCCAACAUGCUCGAGCUCGACCUACACAAAACCCAGAUUGCGCUGGUACCGCAAUAAAACACACGGUGAUUAGUAAUAGUAAAGCAUGAGGAAUUAUUUCAAUAACAGGAGCGCAUAGUUCGCACACAAAGUUUUCAUGUGUCCGUGUUGUGUUUGAUGCAUGACAAACUUGGAGCGCCGAUGGUUUUCUACGUCAUAGUUUGCGCGCCUAGAAGGCGGGGUAGCUGGACAUGAUGAGGACUCACCGAGUCUGAUGGGCGACGAGGUCUUCGACGAGUCCGCGCCGGGGAGUCCCGGACCCGCUUCCAGUAGAAUCCCGUCGUCAAGAACGGUAUGGACAUUAACCUAAUAAGUCGAACCACCUUCAUAUGAAUUUUUUUGAUGGCGAAUUUAAAUUAUGCAGUAUCUUAUUCCACAGUAUCGUUUAAUAUUUCCAGGUGCGGCUCUCGAGUCAGCCACCCGUAGGACGGACGUCACUGCUGAGUAAGAUGAGUGACACACCGGGGUUCGGGAAACAUCAAGUAGAAUCUCCGGUCGAUCCUGAGCCGGACCGCAAGCAGCAGCAGACGGCGGAUGAACCUCCCCGAUACCGGUUGGUAGCGGAGGUGCUAUCAACUGCAAAAAUGUCUGGAUCUAGAAGAGUGCACGUUUGUCAUGCUUGUCUGGCAUGACUCUUAAAUCUGUCAUGCACGUAGUUACCCAAGAGCCCCAUUUUUCUGUCAUGCAGAAACGCAGUAGUGUGUCAUGCAGAAUCAAUAGGCUACUUGCUACACCUAGAAGCUCAGAAACUUGUCAUGCUGAGCCAGCACUUGCUGCCUCCUCAUGAUAUACCACCCAGCAUCACGAGUUUCCAGACCCAGACAUAUUUGCAUUUCACAGGUGCUGGACGUGCACAACCUCGACCAGCUGCUCCCGAUCCAGGAGUACAUCAACCAGAGCGACGAGUGGUACGAGGAGGACUUUGAUUUUGAAGGGUACGACGAGGGCCCGGACCCGGAGCAUCUGCGGACGGAUAUGGCGUUCUCAAAGGUUACGUCCUCAAUUGUUAGUACAUGAUUUGUCAUGCAAAAACACUAUCGCUCUGUACACGACGGUCAAGCCUUCUCCGCAUCACAACUUCUCGACGGACUAGAUAGCGUUUUAAUCUGCUCCAAACCUGGCUGUAAAGCAAAAGGCCCGCCAACCUUUGCUUUUCCCUUUCACUUUUGCCGUUCUUGCAUGACAAAUUUCAUGUAACAGUUGAGAAUGUAACGUUUGAGAACGCUAUAACGGAGUUCAUCCCACUACCGGCCGCGAACUUUGACGAGUCGGACCAUUACUACCCGAAGAAGAGCAUCGCGCUCAUCAUGAAGGAAGACGCGGGCAGAACCACCAUCAUGGGCUUUCAGCGCUUUGCCUUCUUCGACCUGCAGGAUGCGGAGUUGGGGGUGUUCGUCUCCUGGGACAUGGUGAACUUGUGCAAGUUUAUUUGCCCGGGAUAUGGAUUGCAAAAAUGUCUGGGUCUGGAAGAUUGCAACUUGUCAUGUUAAAUCUGGAUCAUGCAGAAAUCUCUGUUGCAUGAGGGCCAAAGGCAGUCCACUUUCGACCAAGUUUGGGGGGAGUUUCUCAUGCAAGAUAAGCAUGAUAGAACUUUCAUCACAGAAUCUGGCCUGCUGUGUCCUGCAUGCCAGACCUCAUGGGUCAUGGAAAACCUGCAUGAGAAGUCUGGCAUUCUUCCAGACCCAGACACUUUUGCAAUUCAUACGCGGCUGCCCGCGCGCCAUGGUUUCGGCCGCGACGAGCCGCUGUACGGGGCCAGAAUCCGCCUGGAAGACUAUCGUAAGGAGAAUUCCCCCCUCCCCAUAUCGAAAGCGAAAUUUGUGAUGCUGAUUUGUGACCACAAAUUAGAGGACUGCAGGCCCAUAUCCUGCCGGAGUCGAGAGGUUUUGGCCUAGGCACUUAGCAUGGCGAACGUCUAUGCUGUAGGCCCACCAGCAUUACAAACCGCCUGAAUGAUGGGGCGGAGCCUGUGGCGUUGCUUUCUUGCAUCACAGAUGCGAUUUGUGGUCACAAAUCAGCAUGACAAAUUUUCUGAGGCGUGCCUUAUCGAUAUGGGGAGGGGGGAUUUUUCCUCGCAAUAAAGACGUGCACAAGGAACCGGGCCACGUCUUUGAAGGCCGCGUGAAGCUGAGGGCUUUGGGACUCCGCGAGGGUUACAAACCGACGUUCCGAGGCCAGCACGCCAUCCUAGGACGCGUGGCGGACCACAGGGCGGCGUUGACGCUCAAACUGUCCAUCGAAGAUGUGCUGGCGCCCGCGGCUUCCUCCAGCAAGGGGGCAACGUCGUAGUAUCAAGGGCAAACACUCACGUCUGAAUCUGGAAAGUUGUGAUGCACAGUAGAUAAGCAUACCGUAAUGCACCGCCAUGCAUAACAAGUUUUUCUUUUUUCGUGGCUCUGUGUCGUGUGGUUCGCAUGAGAAACUGCGUUUUUGUAUGACAGACCAGAGGAACUCUUCCAACGGCCAUACACGAUACAGAGCUCCGAGGCAUGUCCCAGACUAGCAUGACAAAUCUCGCUAUCUUCCAGACCCAGACAUAUUUGCCAUGCAUACCGCCACAACUACUUCCACGAAGGACUCCGUCCACAGUUCCGCGUCCUUCCCCGGUAUACUAAAUUUGGCCGUUGUUGAUUUGAAGACGAUGAGAUCGUUGCAUUUUGCUGACCAGGAGUAGAUUAACAUUAACAGUGCAUGAAACACCGAAGCUGUUGUCAUGUACAGACAUAGACGCUUACAACUCCAACUCCAAGAACACCACUGCUACUAACAGGUCUGCCCACGACGACCACGCAGGGGAGUGUUUAUCCGUUUGCGCAAUACACUUCAUGAUCCCGAAGACACGCAGGGGCAUGAUGCAUUUUUGUGAUUAAAGACAUUUUUAGAAAGCUGAUUCCUUUGCACCGAAAUCGAAAAAAAAGUUUGUCAAAGCCCGUAUAAAUAUGAGUUGGCGUGCUCUGUGGUGAUCAUAUCAUAUUUUUGCAAAGCAUAUUGUUAUCCCCGCUUCGUCCGCCAGUUCUACCACAACCUAUGCUACAACCACUUCUUCGAACUCGCUCUUCUCCGGUAGUAUCGUGCAGGAAAAUUGUACUAGAGCAAUAGCAGCUUGUCGUUGUCAUGCAUAAAACAGAAGGACUUGAUGACGUGAUCUUGGGAUUCGGUAGACACCUGACAUGUAUGCGACAUGAACUUCAUUUUGAAUCUUUGCGGAAAUAAAUCGGUGGAUGCCAGCUCAAUAUUUAUUUUCUGCACGAGCAUAACCAUCACCGGUGCGGGUCUGCCUCUGACGUCAUUGUCCAGUGGUGGACUGCAGAUGCCGAACCUGAACUCUAUCCGCACGAAAGUCGUUUUCACUCUUAUUGAUUCUGUCCUGCAAUGCAGAGAUCCUCACUGCACCUGCAGCGGUACCUCUGCGGUAGUAAGAGUACUUACUACUCACUGCGUGGCUCAUGUAUAGCUAGCAGCACUCUGCAUUCUUGACAACUAUAGUACCCACAAGUCUCCGUUGAAUGAGGAGCUCUGACCAGGGCAGUAAGUGAGUACAGCAUAUCGCAAAUUGCCAAGGCUGAAGCUGUGAACGUGAAAAAGCCUUUAGUUCGGAUAAGAGUUCGCGUUCCCGCCCGGUUUUGGCGGAACAACCCCGAUGUGCAGCAAGAAAACAAGAGUACGGACCCGAAAUAGACAGGCGACGAACUACAGGUA